AUGAAGAAGUUCAACGUGUCCAAGAAGAAGGCUACUGUACAGAAAAGUGUCACAGUAAAGAGUGAGGGGGGCACUAGGGAGUGGACUUUCCCAUCCGAAGAAAAAGGCAAGUAUCUGAUUCCCAAGUCUCAACUCACCAAGUUGGAGUUGUCGUCAGAAGAGGCUUCCUUCUCGGCGAAGAAGCAUCAAACUGUCAGAAUCCCGAUUCCACCGUUGCCGCCUUCUAACGUCGACUCCACUAGUGUUAUGGCCUACACAAAUAGUCUAAAGCAGUAUAGAAACUUGUUGGACCGGGUAAGUCUUAUUGCUAUUGUGAAAAAUUAGUUUAUGUCUUUGAACGGCUGAUAUUAAUAUAUUAAACAUAAGGUAUUACGUCUACAAAUUUUGAUAUUAUAAUUUAGUGAUGAUGACAGUUUUUAAGGCCUUUUGUGAUUUUUUUUAUUUCAGCACAUCGAUGCCGUGUCCAAGUCGUUGAUGUAA